UUAACUGCUUAAGCCCUUAACCGCGCUCGGCGUAAGCCACAAGCCACCAUACCCAAUAAACGCGAAACCAUACAUCCUUCUGCUACUUCGAUACUAAUUCUGUACUCCAUCAAUGGCGGAUUCCGCCGUCCAAAGCCGAUCGCGCGACCUCGACAAGCUCCUUCUCCGACCCGGCCACCUCGUCGGGCCAGCUUUCGAGCCCGGGGAAGAGCUGAGAGAUGACAUCAAGGAGGUUGCUAGGCUGUUGGUGGUUGGGGCGGGUGGAUUGGGUUGUGAAUUGCUCAAGGACUUGGCUCUAUCGGGUUUUCAAAACCUUGAGGUGAUUGAUAUGGACAGAAUCGAAGUCACCAAUCUCAAUCGCCAAUUUCUCUUCAGACUUGAAGAUGUGGGGAAGCCAAAGGCUGAAGUUGCUGCAAAGCGAGUGAUGGAAAGAGUUAGUGGUGUGAAUAUCAUACCACAUUUCUGCCGAAUUGAGGAUAAACCAUUAAGCUUCUAUAGUGAUUUCCACAUUAUUGUUCUUGGCCUUGAUUCUGUGGAGGCUCGGAGCUACAUAAAUGCUGUGGCCUGCGGAUUCCUAGAGUACGACUCUGAUGACAACCCAAUAGAAGAAACAAUUAAACCCAUGGUGGAUGGUGGGACUGAAGGAUUCAAAGGGCAUGCAAGGAUUAUAAAGCCAGGGGUCACUCCAUGUUUUGAGUGCACAAUUUGGCUUUUUCCUCCACAAGUGAAAUUUCCCUUAUGUACUCUUGCAGAGACACCAAGAACUGCUGCUCAUUGUAUUGAGUAUGCACAUUUGAUUAAAUGGGAUGAGGCUCAUAGUGGCAAAAGUUUUGAUGCUGACAAUCCUGAACACAUGCAAUGGGUCUAUUCAGAGGCUGUCAAGAGAGCAGAGCUUUUUGGAAUUCCAGGAGUUACAUAUUCUUUGACACAGGGUGUUGUGAAAAAUAUCAUACCUGCUAUAGCAUCAACAAAUGCUAUUAUUUCGGCUGCUUGUGCUUUGGAAACCUUGAAACUUGUCUCUGGAUGCAGCAAAACAUUGUCUAAUUAUUUAACGUAUAAUGGAGUCGAAGGCCUUCACACCAAAGUGACUGAGUUUGAGAAGGACACAGAGUGUCUUGUUUGUGGUCCUGGUGUUCUUAUUGAGCUAGAACCUUCAGUUACUCUGAAAAAGUUCAUUGAUAUGCUUGAAGAUCAUCCUAAGCUGCUCCUAACUAGAGCUAGUGUGACAUAUCGAGGGAAGAAUCUCUACAUGCAAGCGCCUCAAGUGCUGGAAGAAAUGACUCGAUCAAAUCUGGAUUUACCAUUGCUUGAUCUCAUGGAUAAGACUCCCCGAGAUAUAAUCCAUGUUAACGGCAUGGCUCGGAAGGGUGACAAGAAGCAAUCAUGCUUGAGAAAAUUACGCGUGGUUUUCAAAGGCAUCGAUGGCGUUACAGACAUGGACAUGGCCGGUGGGGCGUAACUGUCAUUCUGCAUUGGUCUUUACUCGCUGAGCUCUUUGGUUGCAGGUUCAUACACACACUCUACUCUGUGAUCUCAAUUCAGCAAAAAAGGCAGUAAUUGACAAGACGUAAUGUGCGAACCCUUCCAUUUUUGCAAGAUUUCUCCAAGUAAUUUCAUCAGUAUAAUGUGAGAAUUUGAUGGAUUCUAUGAACUUAAAUUUAGAUGUCUUUAGGGUAUCUCUGGAGAGAACUUUUCUAAGUAAAAAGAUGAUGUGGAGAGGAGAGAGACAAGGAAACGCUCUACACUUUGUUGAAAACUGCAGUGUGUAGCAUACUGCGCCCCAGCAGGUGUGCAAUUUCUAAUGAUUCUUGUACUGAAGAUUACGAGUUCGAUUCGAUUCUUGUUAAUACCCGUUCAAUUAAGUUCGUUGUA